UUACAGGGAAUCUCAGAAAGCAUCUUGCAGUUAUCACAUCGUGUCGUUGCAAUUCCGUCUAGUAAAGAAGUUAACCUAAAAAUUUCUUAAAAUGAAGCUCAUUUUGACAUUUCUGCUUGUCUGCGGCUUAAUCAUCUCGAACACUGAGGCUAAUGACCUUGUGGAUAAAGUCACAAAACUCGCCCAAGAAUGUAAAGGAAGUACCGGUGCUAGUGAUGCCGAUUAUGAGAAUUUAUUGAACUACCAAGCUCCAAACACUGACAAAGGUAAAUGCUUGACCGAAUGUGUUUUGAAAAAAAGCGGUGCGUUGGGUGAAAAUAAUAAAAUUAACGAGGCGGUAAUGGUGGAAUUCAUUAAGGCUGGUGCCGCCGGCGAUGCAAGCAUCGAGAAAAUUGGGAUGGAAGGCUUACAGGCUUGUUUGAAAGUUCCCCAGCACCCCAAUGCCUGCGAAAAUGCUGCAGCCUUAAACGCCUGCUUCACUAAAAAUUUGCGUGCGAAGGGCUUCAAGGGAUUACCGGCGUAAAGGAGUGGUCUUUAUGCGAACUCAUUGACAAGUUAAUAACAUACAAAUAUAUACACAUACAGUUCUGUGUAAUUAAUAUGCAAUAUUUUGCUUACUUUCUAUUCUUUUCUAUUUAGUUUCGAUGUUUUUAGGUGAAAGAGCAAGCAAAAAAAAAAAAAAAA